AUGGUCACGCAAGCUCAACAGAAAAUAACAGUACAACAGCUAAUUGCCCAUUUGGACUCUAUCAGGAAAGACAUGGUCAUCCUAGAGAAAAGUGAAUUUGCAAAUCUGAGAGCAGAGAAUGAGAAAAUGAAGAGUGAAUUAGAACAAGUUAAGCAACAAUUAAUAAAUGAAACCAGUCGAAUCAGAGCAGAUAAUAAACUGGAUAUUAACCUAGAAAGGAGCAGAGUAACAGAUAUGUUUACAGAUCAAGAAAAGAAACUUAUGGAAGCAACCACAGAAUUUACCAAAAAGGAUACCAUAACCAAUAGUAUUAUUUCAGAAACCAGUAAUAAAAUUGACACUGAAAUUGUUUCUUUAAAAACACUAAUGGAAUCUAACAAGCUUGAGACGAUUCGUUAUCUUGCAGCCUCAGUGUUCACUUGCCUGGCAAUAGCAUUGGGAUUUUACAGAUUCUGGAAAUACGAUAGCAGUGGAACAACUAUAUUAUGCUUCUACUACUGCUUCCAUUGA